AUGGCUCCCGGCUGGCUCGAAAAGUUCAUCGUCCGCGUAGACGUCACCCCAGACAAACGCCGCACCGAAGAGACACCUGCUCUGGAAAUCCACUACACCGCACUCAAAGAACACCGCCGCAUCCUCGGCAUCAAGGGCGACACAACGCCGCGCUACGAAGUCAAACGACAAGCGGUCCUCGCAGCCUGGGGGGACAAGUGCCAUGUCACAUCACCCGCGAACGGAGGCCAGGAAGUAGCCGUGAUCGAUUUUCGCGCGCUGCCAACCCAGACGGAAAUCAAAUUUGUACAACGUACGCUUAGAAUCAAUAUCAAAGAGAGUGACGGAAAGUACGAGGCAGGCGAGCUGGGUAGUUUGCAUUGGAAGGCAACGGGUAUGAAGGCGUAUGGUCGGGCAUCAUGGGAGUUGAGGGAUGAGGCAGAGAUGAUCUUGUCUGUCACGAUUGAUGAUCAUCAAGUGAAUGGUGUGAUCUCCGUCUGGAAGAAGGAUCUCGGACCGGAAACUGUCGAGGAAGUUGUCAUAGUUGGGAUUUCCAAGAUUGAGGAGUACAGGAGAAUGAUGCGGAAUGCCAAGAUAUCUAGCAUAGGAGUUGCAGCCAAUGCGACGUGGUUGGCGGCGUAG